UGGUGACAUGCGUCAACCGCAGCUCGCCUAAAAUAACUCGGAAGAGCUGUGUUGCCCACCGUACUCAGGAUCGUCUUCCAUGAAAAUGAAAAGAGAUGUGGGUGGCUCGAUAGGUGGGUGAGGGCGUUCGAGAGAGGUUGGAGUUGCCUAUUGAGGCGAUGAUGUAAUAUCAUCUAAUCUCCCCAAGAACAACACCAAGUGUUUGUGGAAAGAUAUUCAGAUUUCAAGGCCAGAGUCAAUCGAACAUAUCUGCGUCGACUUAGAUAUGUUUACUCACGUACAUCGUACACGGCCCGCCGGUGAGACUUUAGACCCGACGCGCAUCAGCUUCCCCGCGGCAUACGUCAAGACUUUACCACAUCCCUUCGAUAAACUCUAUACGAUGCAGCAUAUUUCCCUACGCUCUAGCUCUUUAGGCCUCCAAGAACCCUCAUUAUGCCUGCAAUAUCCCACGUAACUACGCUACCUGCGUACCGACCAGAAUCCUACACGACCGCCCACCAUACUGGCUACCCUCCAACCGGCUUCAAGAACCCAUGGCCAUCGUACAACACCACAGGCCUCGUCUCCCUAUUUCGUACGCGCUGGAGUACGCCGAAAAACUUUGUCCCUGUCCCCGCCGAUCGUGACGGCCUUGUCGAAGUCCGCAGGCCUGAUUUCGCCGUAAACUCCAACGGCCUGAAAGCAACAUGGAUUGGGCACGCGAGUUUUCUCAUCGAAACGAGUAGAGCAAAGGGCAGGGAGAGGGGCUUGAGAAUACUCAUCGACCCAGUAUGGAGUGACAGAGUCGGGCCGUACGGCGUAGUUGGGCCUGUUCGAUUCACGCCUCCGCCGUGCGCAAUUGAAGAGUUGCCUGAGGUGGACGCAGUGUGUAUAAGUCAUGAUCACUACGAUCAUUUGGACUCAGACACGCUGAGAAGGCUAAACAUGAAACACAACGGGGACAUGCGCUUCUUUUGUGGGCUGGGUGUCAAAGCAGUCUUGACAGGACUUGGUGCUGGGAUAAAGGCUGAACAAGUCACUGAAAUGGAUUGGUGGGAUGGGAUAAAGUUGGAUCAGGAGGGCGUCGGGAGUGUGGAGCUAGUCAGUACUCCAGCGCAGCAUCGCUCGGGAAGAAGUCCUUGGAGCUUCGAUUCGACGCUUUGGGUCAGCUGGAUUGUCAAAGAACCGGGUCCAGAAGGCAAGAAACUGUUCUUUGCUGGUGAUACAGGCUACUGCCAUGUCACAUCCGAUACACAGUUCACACAUCACGACGCACCACACCCGCCCUGUCCAGCGUUCAAGGAGAUCGGCGACCUUUACGGACCCUUCGAUCUCGCUUUGUUACCAGUCGGCUGCUUCAAACCGCGCUCAAGUCUAUCGGGACAGCAUGCGAGUCCCGAUGACUCGUUGGCAAUCCACAAGGAUGUGAAGAGCAAGAAGAGUAUAGGCAUGCACUACGGCACCUUCAGGGGUGCAUUCUCUGCGGCGUACGAGCCAGUAACCGAGCCGCCAGAGCGUUGGAAGAACGGGGCCGAGGCGAUGGGUUUGAAGUGGGGUGAAGAGGUGGGUUUGUGUGACAUUGGGGAGACUGUGGUGGUGUGAUGCGAGUCAUCUUGAGUUUUAGUUGUCUCUGGGGUCCAGUCACAGUUUAUCUGAAUCGACAAUAUGACAAUUCCGUUCCCAUGUUCUCUUAGUCAUUUCUUGCUUGUAUCCUUGACUGCUGCAGCGCUAAUAUGUCCACUUGUUCCAGCCUUAGAAUCAAGGUGGAAAGAGUAACGCUUUGGAGUUCUCACACGGCAUGCAGUCAACCUCUCUGUCGGUCAAAACCCGGGAAACAAGCUUUCUUAACUAACCUUCAACGCCUAAAGACGAUAAAGAUAAAAGAAACGAUUUUCAUUUUGAAGUCUUUACACGCAUC